CAAACCAUCAUAAAAUGAUUGUUACCAAUAUACUGAUUAAAUUUAAGAAAAAGAUCAAAGCAGCCAUGGCAGAUAUAAACUCCCCUGCUGUUCACGAUUACGCAUGGGAAAGUGGCGCUAAAUUCUGGUGUUAUUUUUGUGCAAAAGAAAUUGAGAAACAUCAGAGACAAGAUGAAGUAGCGAUAAAGAAUGCUGGACUAUUAGAGCAUUUAACAAGCACUGACCAUGAUACAUUUACAAAUGAUUUCUGGCGAAAACAUAAAAUUGAAGGAACCAACAAAAAUAUCUACAUACUUCCAAAGGAUAAACUAAAGAGAUUCUUGGAGAAUACAGAGGGUAAGAAAAGAGAGUAUACUAAAAAGAAAGAAGAUGCUAUUAAUAAGGAAGUAAAAAGAAUCCAGCAAAUGGAAGCGAGACGUCAGUUUUACAAACGUGAGUCAAAACAAGCGACUAUAGUUGACAGCACUAAUCAAGGCGAGACAAAGGCGGAUAACCAGAGAUCACAUGGGAUGGCAGAUCAGGCUACAGAGAAAUUGGGUGGAGUUAGAACAGCCUCCGUGCACGCUGAAGGUUUAACUAACAUAGGACCACAGUUAAAAGCAGAUUCUGAAGGGAAUAUAUUCACUGGUGCCACUCCCCCCUGGUUGCUAGGCAAUGAUAGAUCCGCAGAGUCUGGUAGCCGUGGCAACACCAUAGGCCCAACUCUGGAUGAUUUUCAACAACAUUUACAUAAAGAGCAAAAGAAGAAACUCCCCUCUACCCGUGUCGGGGCAAACUUUGAUCAUGCAACAACAUCAGAUCAGCAAUGGCUGCCAUCUUUUGGUGGAGUCUGGACUCAUGGAAAACGUUCUGACACAAAACAACAUUUUCUCCAAAAAUAUGCCAAGUCUUCUAAAAGGUCGCCCAGUGCUGCAAUUGGAUCAGCUGAACAAGCAGAAACUGGAACUGAAUCGGUGGACACAACAGUACUAAAACCUUACAUAAGGAAGCGACCAAAAUUAGAAGUCCAAAGUGAGACUACAUCCUCACAUUUAAGUUACUCCCAUAAUUCUCAGCAGAAUUUGAAUAGAACUCGGGACUCAACCUCAGCUGACUUCGUGCAGUCUCAGUAUGAGGCGCAUGGAAAUCAAUAUGGGACACGUGGAAACCAAUAUGAGACACAUGGAACCCAAUAUGAGACACAUGGAACCCAAUAUGAGACACAUGGAAACCAAUAUGAGACACAUGGAUACCAAUAUGAGACACAUGGAAACCAAUAUGAGACACAUGGAAACCAAUAUGAAACACAUGGAAACCAAUAUGGGACGCAUGGAAACCAAUAUGGGACAUAUGGAAAUUGGACACAUACUACUCAAUUUGGACCAAAUAUAACUCAACAUGCUUCAAAUCCAACCCAGUAUGGGUCAGAUUCACUUUUCCCCAAACAUAGACCACAAGUACCCUCUAACCCUAAGUCCAUGGGAUUUCAUGGGAAAACCUCAACUGAUGCAUAUAACAGAGGAUCAAAUACACAUAAUACAUAUCAAUCUAGCUCAAUUUCAAAUAAAUUAACUAAAAAACUGGACACCUAUCGUGAUAUUGAAUUUGCUAAUACUAAACAAAGAAAUCCUCAAGAGAGAUUUCACAAAAAGCCACAUGGAUUUUUGGAGAAAUCUCAGAAAUUUUCCAUAACAUCAGAAAAACUCCACAAAGGUACAACUCAUGGGGAAUUAAAACCAUAUACACGAAAGAAAAAAUAA